GCCUUUGCAUCGGCGCAGUCAAUCUUGCCUCACAUAUCGCUGCUGUCACACUCUGCCAGCUCGCCGUCCGUGUUGUUGUAGUAAAUAAUGGCGGCAUCGGGAGGCGGAUUAUCAUCUCCCGCUACCGCUGCGGGCUUGAGCAUUCAAGCGCCGGCCCGGGCUCGCUUCCCGGGUCGGCCGUGCACGGCUCGCAGCAGAUUGCGGUCGGAGAAACGUACCAAACGCGGAAGAUUGGGCUCGGACGACGGGGAACUACCUGCCGAAGGGCCGAGGCCCGUAAACAUCGGCCUGGCGUUGAGCGAGGAUCCGUCCCUGCUGCGUCUGCUCGGGGUGGCGGAGAAGCACAGGAGGCAGAGAGAUGCGGGCUUCGACUCCAGUAACAGUGAGGAGGAGGAAGUUUUCACUGGAUUUGGGACCUCAACAGUUGGUCCUCAGAAAGCUCCUCAGGCUUCGUUACUCAGCCAAGCAAAGCCUCCCCAAGCUUCAGGCUGUUCUCUGUCAGCAAAGCCUCUCAUUGGAAAUAUUACACCCAAGACCACAAAACCAUCUCUUAUUGGGAAAAUUGUACCACGGGUCUCUAAAGAAGGCCAGGGUGUCCAAGAGAGCCCAGAAAAAGACAAAGAAAUACCCAGGGUGGUAAUUAAACUGCAUGGCAAGCAGGUAGCUCUCACUGCAAAAGCCAAACAUUCAGGCGAGCAGGCCUCAGGGAGACGGAGCAGUACAAGAUCAGCUGACUUUCUCAGGAAAGCAGGAAAAUCAGCACACUCAGGCGGUAGGCAAAACCAAACAGCCGCUACCUCAGCUGGUGACACCAAGAGAGCCUCUAAGGUCAGAGAACGAGGCGAGGUGUCAGAGGACUCGGACACAGACCAACCCCAGCUACAGAGAUCUUUGAGAAGCAUGAGGGGAUUUCGAAUUAGGCACACCAGACGCACAUCGCAAGCAGUCGCUCUAUCAAUUACGUCCUUUCACAAAAGGCAGAGGAAGAGAAUAGCUAAGGGUAUGGGUGCUUCUCCAGAGGCUGGAGCUGAGGCCGGUGCCCAGAGUGGAGAGGAGGCAGCGAUGCCCCUUGAGUGCAAAGCCACAGAUUCCUCUGAAAGAAGAAAACGCAGAAGACGCAGGUCUGUGUUUGGUCACAAGCGAAAGCAACUAAAAAACGUUCCAGAUUUAAGGCGUCCAAAAAUGGGUCCCAAUCGCAUUAGGCGUGUUUUUUACACUUAUGUGACAGAGCCCAUUCCGAUGACACCGACGCUGGAUGAGAGCCAGCAGCAAAAGCAGAAUAUCACUUCAUCUGAGGGUGAGCUGAGCUCGUUUCCUAAACAAGUCGAGAAGAACUCAUCCACUCCUGUAAUGAGCGCACGGUCCUCGCGCGUUAUUAAAACUCCAAAGAGGUUCUUGGACGAGGGAAUUAUUUCCUUUCCAAAGGGGCCUCUGUCAACAUGGCUGAAAAGUCAACAGAGAGAGGAUGGAAAACCAAGUCCAUCACGUCACGAGUCAAGCUAUGGUAGCGACUUGCUGCUGUCGGACAGUGAAUUAAUAUCUGUGGCUGAGAGCCCAUCUGCAGUGACAAAGUUCUCAUCAAAGCCCAAACCAGGAACGAGCCACCUAGAGAUCUACAAGAACCUCAAAAAACUAACCUUGAAACUGGCAGAGAAGAAGAAAGGCCACUCCAACACAGAGGGGGAUCAUACACAUGGCGACGGUUUGACCUCUCAUGUCAGGAAGAGACGGCGGUCAAAGAUCACGAUGGAGGAGAUGAACUCUCCCGGUGUUGUGAGGAAACUAGCCGUGUCGGUGAACGCUGAUGUGAAAGCACAUUUGCCGUUGGGAGAUACAGGCAGCAAUAAUGAAGCAGGAGGCGUGGCUGCAGACUGCCAUGAGGCAUUAGAAGUCAGCGGGCCCAGCCAUCGAAUUGGUCUCAGUGGAGCCAAUAAGACGAUGCUCCACCUGCUGAAGAAAGCCAAAGUCCAGCUCAUCAAGAUUGAUCAGCAGAAGCAGCUCAAGUUGUCACAGUUGGGCUCCAGAGAAUCACGAGUGCCAGUGAGCGGAAGAAGGAGGCGGAGAGUUGGUGUAACUCCCAAAGAUAUCAGUCCUCAGGAGCAGCUGCUUGGGGGUCCGAGGAUCAAACAUGUGUGUCGGGCAGCAGCAGUGGCGUUGGGGCAGCCCCGUGCCAUGGUGCCAGAUGAUAUCCCCAGACUCAGCGCCCUGCCACUACACGAGAGAGAGGGCAUCACUUUUUCUCCCGCAGCAGAAGAUGUGGCAGAUGAUGAUGAAGAUGACGUCUCCGAUCAGGGCAGGACUCAGUGGGUUGUCUCUCAGGAACAAAUCCAGCGAAGGAGGAAGAGGGGGAGGGGGAAGGGCCUCAGGUUCAGAAAGAGGAAGACCCUGAGUACAUAUGCACCCGGGGGAAUCCGUGCCCGGCGCUGUGGAGGCUGCAAAGGCUGUUUGAUAGAGAACGACUGUGCAAAGUGUACCAACUGCCGUGAUAAGCCCAAAUUCGGGGGCCCCAACACCAAGCGUCAGUGUUGCAUAUAUAGGAAGUGUGACCGGAUUGAGAAGGCGAGGGCUGGUCGCGUCAUCAAACCAUUGAAGCUCCAGGCGAGGCGUUUUGCGGGCUCGCUGUCAGGCAGCGAAGAUGCGAACUGGUGGUUUGAAGGUGCAGACGGGGGAUCGCCCUCCAUGCUGCCUGGAGUCAGGAAACAGUCCCUGCGUAACAUCACACCGCGCUCCUACAGCAGCCUGCUCAAGUCUGAAUCUGAGGAAGAAGAAGAAGAUAAGGCACAUAAGUCGCCAGUCAAGCCAACUGUUGCUGCAGCUAGCAAACAAGAUCUCGCUCCUCAAGAUGGCGGAUCGCUGCCAGACAACCCUCCAGCUGAGGCGGUGAAGCCUCGCCGGCCGUUCUCCAGGGGAGCAGGGAGCAGACCCAGAGCUUACAAGGAACAGGAGAACACGGAGGAGACGGAGCCCAGAGAAACUUUACCAGAAACCAGCCCACCCAGAAGCCCAAUGCCGAAGCUGCAGCAGCAGCUCCAAAUACACUUACACCGUCUGCCUGAUUUUAUCGUGCAGUCUGCUCUGUCUUUGCCAAAACAGAGUCCCCAAAGUCCGGAUCAAUGUGCUUCUCAGUCUCAUCAAAUACUGUCCCAGCUUUUAACGCAGCCUGCCAUUUCACAUUCAUCCCAUUCCACACCCCAGUGUCCUCCAGAACUGUCCCAGCCUGUAACGCCUCCCGAUUCUCCACUUUCACCGCAUACUAUAACAGACUCUACACAUAAAUCUCUGCUGUUACGUUUGCACCGUUUGCCCCAGGUCUUGGUGCAUUCAGCCUUGCAUUUGCACAAAUGUAUAUCGUCACCAUCUCAACUGCAUCCCCAGUCCAUACUGCACUCAGCUCUGACAGAGGCUUCGGCCAAGUUGUGUUUUCAGGAACAUCCGGAGUCUGAGGUGCAGGACCCAGAUGUUUUGACUGAGACGCGUAGAGCUAACAAAGAUAAAACUGUACAAGUGCACCCUCAGACAGUCGAUCCACACACAGAGUUACAGGAGGGCGCGCAAGAGGAGCAGAAGGACAGACGGGGCGAUCGGCCUGAAGAGGAGGACGGUUCUGUAAAAGAGACGGUGCUGAAAAACGGUCUCUCCACUGACAAACACUAUGUCCUUCGUUCCCAGAAUCCUGCAGAGUGUGCGUCAGUGAACACCCUGACUGGGUUAACUAAUGGGUUUCCCCAAAAGGGCCUGUUGCAGAACAAGUUCAAGAUUCGUGUAGACUUCAAGGAGGACUGUGCUGUCCAGAACGUAUGGCUAAUGGGCGGCCUCAGCGUACUCACAUCUGUCCCUACGACACCACAACCUGUCUGUCUGCUGUGCGCCAGUAAAGGACGCCAUGAGAUGAUAUUCUGCCAGAUCUGCUGUGAGCCUUUCCACAGUUUCUGCCUCUCACCAGAUGAACGCCCCCAGAAGGAGAACAAGGAGAACUGGUACUGCAGACGCUGCAAAUUCUGUCACGUGUGUGGCCGCCGAAGCAAGAGCACAAAGCCAGUGUUACAGUGUCGGAGAUGCCAAACCUCAUACCACCCUUCCUGCUUGGGACCAACUUACCCUAAGCCUAUGAACUGCAACAUGCCCUGGGUGUGCAUGACAUGCAUUCGGUGUAAAAGCUGCGGCGUAACUCCUGGAAAGACUUGGGACUUGACCUGGAACCACGAGCAGGAUCUUUGUCCUGACUGCACUUCACUCCACAAAAAAGGUAAUUUCUGCACAGUCUGCCACAAAUGCUACGACGACAACAACCAACACACACAGAUGAUUCAGUGUUCGAAGUGCAGCCACUGGAUUCAUUACACAUGUGAAGGACUUUCAGAUGAGCUGUAUGGGUUGCUGUCAAGCCAACCAGUGGACGUGUGUUUCACCUGCUCACCCUGCAGCGAGCACCAAACUGAACACAGCAGCUUGAAGAAGGAGUUGCAGAGCAGGCUGAUAGCCGGGCUGAAGGAGUUACUCACUGACCUCCUCUCUGACGACACCACACAGCACCUCCUUACGUGUAAAGUGUGUCGGGAACCAAACCACACACAAUUUGUCAGUGAACAGCAACCAGUGUGUGAUCUACAGGCAAUGGAGAAGAAGUUUAAAGGGGGUGGUUACACCUCAAUAAAAGCUUUCCAUGCUGAUGUGUCCUCUGUGAUGAGGAAGUGGUCGAAGGAGGAGGAGCUUCUCCCUGAGGACCAGAGACCGACCAGUCAGGCCAGGGCACGCUAUGUCAAACGGAUUGAGCAGGUGUUCAGUUGGUUUCCUGCAAGCUUUCUGAAAAAGGGGAACACAUUCUCCCAUGAAUUCCCAAGUGGCAUGCUCCCUGAGGCGGUCCUCCCACCAUCUAAGGAGCACAGCUAUGCACAGUGGCUGGAAAGGACAUACCAGCCCAAAGACACUCGGGGCCAACAGGCGGGGAAAACUGACUCGGUGCUGUCCUCAGUCACUACACAGCAGUCUGAUGUACCGCACGGCCACCCUCUGCAUUCACGUGGUGUGAAGAGUGAUGUGAAAACAACCAAGACUGAAGAUAUGAGGCAGUGUGCCCUGUGUCAACAAAAUGGAGACUAUGCUCCAAAGGAUGCAGGACGGCUGUUGUACUUGGGGCAGAAUGAGUGGGCCCACAUUAACUGCUGCCUGUGGUCUGCAGAGGUGUAUGAAGAGAAUAGUGCUCUUUUGCAAGUGCACAGCGCUGUCUCAAGAGGGCGCCACCUGCGUUGUGAUCGUUGUGGGCAGUCGGGGGCCACUGUGGGCUGCUGUCUUUCCACCUGCCAGAGUAAUUUCCACUUCAUGUGCGCUCGUGCCCAGAACUGUGUGUUUCAGCUGGACAGGAAGGUGUACUGCUUCAAUCACAGGGAUCUUGUCAGUGCGAAGAUGGUGUCUGGGAGAGGGUUUGAAGUGCCUCGACGGGUAUAUGUGGACUUUGAUGGGAUCAAUCUUAGAAGAAAGUUCCUCACAGGCCUUGACCCAGAUUCCAUAAACAUGACCAUAGGUUCUCUGCAGAUUCAAAAACUUGGUGUGUUGUCUGAGCUGUCUUCAAAUGGGAGGAUGCUGUAUCCUGUUGGUUAUCAAUGUUCUCGGUUGUACUGGAGCACUGUGGACCCCCGCAGACGUUGCAAGUACACCUGUAAGGUGACAGAAGUGAGCACACCUCUCCCUGGUGAGGAACAAGAUCCGAGAUGGGACAAGGAAGAGAAUCACACCAUAGUCCACAGCCCCAACCGCAACAGAGAUAUGGAUUCCCCAGAUCGUUUAAGUUCUUCAUCCAGCCCUAUAAAGUCCGCUACUCCAUCACCCAACUCUAAACAGCACAACACACCUGGUUCCAAAAGUCCUGGUUACACACAGACCAGGAGACCAGCAGGAGGAUCGUCCCGACCUCUUCCAUCUCCAGGGUCAGCUCUUCCCAAAUCACAUCACGUCCUGACAUUGAGGGACCUGGAGGACACCCGUCGGCCGCGCAGGCUCUCAUCAAGAAGCCGCUGUAGUUCCUCGCCAACAGACAGCGACCCAUCUGUACCGAUGACCCUCCGCUCUGGUGGCACCAUCCACUCCAGGUGUGCCCUGUUCAGCUCUCCUCCGAGGUCAGCAAACCUGGGUGCAGCCUCGCCUCCUCUGUCACGACAAAACUCAGCAUCACCGGUCUGGAGCUCCCCGCCUCGAUCCAACUCCAGCAUUUCUGCAGGGUUGUCACCUCGAAGAGGAGCAAUCACUCACUCCCCCAGAGGGAGGCAGAACUUCAAAAUUACCACUCCAGUUUCUGCAGAGGUUCCCCAAGACUUCCUCGCAUCAUCUGAGGCAGAAGACGCAGCAGUGGCCACAACCAAUGGGAUCUCACUAGCCCCUGAUAACCUGGAAGAGGAGGUAGCUCACCUGAUGGCCCAGGAGCUGCCUUACACUGUGUUUGAUACUGACACAGAGGUAGCAGUGGCUUCCAUGCUGGAUGCUAAGCUUGAGUUUGACGAGGCUCUGCUCACGGAGAACGUGACACUUCACUGCGGAGCACAAGGCGGGAGAGGAGAGGUUGAAGGCGUAGUGCCAGAUGUGGGAAUGCAGGUAGAUAAUCGUGAAAAUUCCGAAGAUGAAGACUCGAGCCAUUACUUAAAAUUUUCGCGCACAGUAGUGUGCGACGCAGCUAGCAGCUCAGAAACCUCAGGACAGCUCCCUUCAAUGCAGUCGAUCUCACAGUUAGAUGGAGCGGACGGCGGGUCAGAGAGUGAUGAAAGCGAGGUGGUGGACGAUGAAGCUCAGGACACAAAAGGAGAACAUGGAGAGAAUACGAUUCACAGCAACCAUAAUACACCUACUAAACAGCUAACGGUCUCUCUAAAGAGGUUGGAGCCCAUCUACACCGUGUCAAAGUCAGCUGAGCCAGGGGUUCAGGAAAGUUACCCACCAUCUGAUGUUCUUGAAGCAGGUUACGGAAACGAUGAUAUGUCAUUUCAGGAGGAAGUGGUCCUGAUGAGCUCUGAAACACCAACACCUCAAAAUGAGGUGUUUUUAGAUUCUGCUACAGGCCAUUUCAUUUCUACUGGAGAUGGCACUGUGGUGGGCCCAAAUGUCAUCGAAGUUGGCGCUAAAGAGGACAGUAGCUCAUCGACCGACUCCGUUGAAGGAUUUAAAGAUGAUUUGAAUGACCCUGACUACUCUCCAGAGCGUAUUCAGAGUCCAGAGCGUAAAACCAAAAAAUCUCCCACAACUCAGUUGAAAGGCAUCAUUGUGAAGACAAAACGUCCGGUAUCAAAUCUCAAGCGUUUGUCACCAAAACCGUGUCUUCCACAGCAGCGCAAACUCAAAUUGAUGUUGCCCCUUCGACCUUCACAGACUGUAAAAAUUCCAUCGUCUUCCCCUGCUGCCGCCACAGUUUGUCCAGUUCCACGCACAGUUACCUCCCCCAUUGUGAUCAAUGGUUUAAACGUACCUAUCCAGCCUGGUGCCUCACAGGGAAGAACCAUCGCCAUUCGCUUGGACAACUCCAGGACAGGAAGUCAGCAGCAAGUUGCGAUUCAGAAUCAAGCUGCAGCCACUAGCUCGCCGCCGCCCCCGUCUCCUGCCCCUCAGGUCCUUCUAGUCAACCGACAAGGUCAGAUUCUUAUCAAAGACCCUAGGUCAAACACUUAUCAGUCCCUCAGUACAAACUCUCCUGCCUACAACAAAAUAAGCCAGAUUGCCAAGAUUCUCCACAGUGGUAAUGCGCUGCAGCGCUCAGUCCCUCGUGUUAUAAUAAAGCCUCGUUCCAGCCUCUCCGCCACAAACGUCCCCUCUGCCGGUAACAACACGACGACAUCCGAGAGAAAAGUAGUUUUUAGAGUCGUGCCUGUGAAAAGCAUUGGAACUCUAGCUCCCACAACUCCUGUCAGUGUGCAGAGUGUUCCUGAAGUAGCUUUCUCCAGCAUUCAAGAAGGCACAGCCCAGGCUAUUAUUGACAGAGCCAUGGCUACCCACCGCGACGAGCCAAAGACAAAACCCAUCAUCCUCAGUAAAAUGAUGCAACCAAAGGCCAAACUUCAAAGGCCGUCCCAGUUUCAGGUUGCAGAGGUAUCAAAUCAGUUGCCAGCUGCACCCUUGGCGCCCCCUAGUGGUUUCCUCAAUAAACCAAGCACACAAACCAACACACAACCAACACCUGCUUCAUCACGCCACCAGGUGAGAGUGAAGAAAGUGUCAUCGGUGUCUGAGCGGCCCUCCAAGAAGAAAUCCAAGAUGGACUUCUUGAGAGAUCCAUCAAGUGAGCUGGAUGAAGUUAAUGAACCCAGACCGAGUGGUGUGAGGAUGAAAGCUCCAUCAAUGAAGGAUGUCCUCGAUAUGGACCAGGAGAAAAUGUUGCCUGAGCAGUUGAGAAUUACUGCUCCACCACUACCACCUACUACACCGCCCAGGCCUCCUCUGGUUGAGAGUCCUCCCUCACGGGCACAAAUCAACAGUCAGAGUCAGGGUAAAACACACACGUGGGUCAGUGCUCGCCAUGGAGAACUCUCUGAAUGGGGCCCUUAUUCAGGUUUUAGCUCAGAAGAAGAUGCAUCUGCACCCAAACACAGAAAGAGGACAUACAUGAACCAGCCCCACUUGCGUUUUGAAAUCACCAGUGAUGAUGGCUUCAGUGUUAAAGCUAACAGCAUAGAGGUCGCCUGGCGUGCGGUGAUUGAUGGCGUCCUCGAAGCUCGAGCGGGUUUCCAUCUGAAGCAGCUGCCUCUGGGCGGGAUGGGCGGGCCGCGGGUGCUCGGCGUCGUCCACGAUGCCGUCAUCUUCCUGCUGGAGCAACUGCAGGGUGCCGCAAACUGCAAACGGCACCGCUUCCGCUUCCACCGCUGUGAUGACAUUGAGGAAGAGCUUCCCCUCAAUCCAAGUGGCUGCGCUCGGACUGAAGUCUACACACGGAAAGCGACUUUUGAUAUGUUCAACUUCCUGGCAUCACAGCACAGAGAGCUCCCUGUCAUAGUGGGCCCCUUUGAUGAGGAGGAGGAUGAAUUCCCACUGAAAUCUUCCAGGCGUGCCACCAGCAGUGAGCUUCCCAUGGCAAUGAGAUUCAGACACCUGGAAAAAAUUUCCAAAGAAGCAGUAGGAGUUUACAGAUCUGAAAUUCAUGGUCGCGGCCUUUUCUGCAAAAGAAACAUCGAGGCUGGCGAGAUGGUGAUCGAGUACGCCGGCACCGUCAUUCGCUCUGUUCUGACUGAUAAGCGGGAGAAAUAUUAUGACGGCAAGGGCAUUGGCUGUUACAUGUUCCGCAUCGACGACUUCGACGUGGUGGACGCAACGAUGCAAGGCAACGCGGCUCGUUUCAUCAACCACUCGUGCGAGCCGAACUGCUACUCCCGCGUCAUCAACGUGGACGGCCGCAAGCACAUCGUCAUCUUCGCCCUGAGAAAGAUCUACCGGGGCGAAGAACUGACCUACGACUACAAGUUCCCCAUCGAGGACGAGAACAGCAAGCUGCACUGCAACUGUUCGACGAGACGCUGCCGUCGCUUCUUAAACUAGUACAACACACACACGCCACAUACCGAUAGCCAUCUUGGUUAAUGCACUUGAAAUUAGGAGGCGGACUUUGAUAAACUGAUUAUGGCGACUUUUGUGACGUGGCCAAAAGAGUGGCCUGAAAAUCUUCACCAUGUUGGAAGCUUAAUUAAAGACUGAUGGAGGACAGCAUGCGUUUGCUCAUUUCGUUCCUCUGACCUGCUGUCACACAAACCAGAUAAGAGCCAUAUGUCGAAGCGUAGGAUGAAUACUAUUUAUGUGAUUUCAGACUGCGGGAUUGUUGGUCUGUUGAAGUAGGAAGUACAAUUAAGGAAAACUGCACUCUUUUUGGACUGUACUGUUUUACCAUCUCAUACAACACAUUCUUUCAUUUUAACAUUGUUGAAUUUGUCAGUAGCCUCUGCUGGAACUGGGGCCAAACAACAGCCGGGAGGCAAUUAUUACCAGCUACAGAUGGUGCAAACUGAAACAACCUGAUUGCAGCUAUUACUGAGUUAAGGGGGAUCUAUUGUUAUGCUGUAAAUACACGGUCACAGAGAAGGGUGAGGAGAAUUUAUUCAGCACCUUACUUUGAUACAGCCAUCUCUAGCAGUAAACCUAUUUGACUCAAGGCACCUUGUGUACAUUGUAGUGUAGCUACAUUUUAACCUCAGUCUGGAUACCACAAGUCUUGUGAGGGGAAUCCAAUAUUUUAGGUGCAGGUGACAAACCCCAACCCCCCCCCCCCUUUCCUCAUUCAUUCAGUUGAAAUUUCCCGUUUUUAUUUGUGACGGCAGAGAUGCUGUGAUCUAAAUGCUUUUAUUCUGCCAUUACGGUCCGUUCUCUAUUUGUUACUUUGUACUGUUUGUGAAUUUUAAGGUCUGAGGGAGAGUUUUCUUGGUGCAGGGUUCAAACUGAAUAUAGUGAUCUUGCUCUGCACAGUACCCUAUAAAUCUUUUUGUAUAUUUGAAUAAUAAAUGUAUAUCCAACAAGCUGAUGGAAAUAAAUGUGUUUGAGCUUUUAACUUUCUAUUUGUAAGUAAUGGAACAGAAGCUAUUGUAGUGAGUUAAUCAUUUCGUUCUCUUUUUGUUGAGGCUGUUUUGCACCCUCUUCCUCCUGUUUGUCUCUCACAGGUGUACUACCUCAAAGGAAUUUGUUAUGAAGCAAGAAUCAUUUUAUUACACAACACAUUAGUGGAAAACAACUUCCUCAUUUCCCCCUUGUUCAAUCUUUCUAAUAAUUUAUUCUUCUUGGUGCAAAAAGAAACAUCAAUACUAAUAAACAAUGACUUGCUAUUAUACCUGCAAUUAUUCUGAAAGAAUAGGUGGCCACCAUUUUUUUUGUGCUCAUUUUUCCUGUGUGCAGUCACACCCAGCUGAUGGAUGUAGGUAGGACACUGGAGUGUAGGUUGAAGGCUAAAUGCUGUGGAAGUUUUGUUUUUUUUCAGGCUUAAUAAUUGACUCGCAAAGCUUUGUGACUUUAUUGGCUCACUAUGGAUCCUUGCCUGUACAUAGUUGUAUAAAGAAUUUCUAAACCUGUUAAAUAUUUUUUUACCUACAUUUUGUUUUUUUUAAUUUAUGUUCAAUAAAAAUUGUAAAUGUUCAAAAUUUGCCAUCCAUUUGCCAAUGUUUUUAUUAAUGAGUAAAUAUGAAUUUAAUUAAAAUAUCACUUAUGAUUCUUAAGUUAACAUAUACAAAUGUCCAUACCAUACAUUUAUUUUUAUUUUUGUAGAAAUGUGAUAUUGUCAGUCCUCUUCCCUGCAACAAUAAUCUUGUGAUGCCUGUUUGAAUAUACAGUGGGUACG